AUGCCGAUAGCCGAUCGUCUCUUAUUACUUGAUAACCCUCGGGUCGGCUUCUAUGAUGCCCACUUGAAUGCGUGGAUAAUGCUCUUCGCGGCGGCAAUCGCAGUGGCCACGGUUUACCUAUAUAUCGCUGCAGCGCUCAGCGGUUUCCUGAUAUUUCGCUUCCUGCGUCAACAUACGGAGAUCAGCAUCAAGACCCGGAAAAUGCAUCAACGGGCGGUGCUCUCGGUGGCUAUUGCUGUGAGUCUUACGGUGACCGCCAAAGAAGUGGUUUCAGCAAACCACGUUGGCAAUCUGGCUGACACCUGGGCUGAUACUGCUGAUUUUGGCUGGCUUUGGGAUCCCUGCAUGGCUACCGGAAGG